CACAUCGUUUUUACGCAGUUCAUCUCCGCACGUUCCUUGUCGUAGAUUUUCUUUCAUUUUAGAUUCAGCUCGUUGCUUUUCUUCUGCUAUGGGGAGCACUGCGAUUGGAGACGUGGCUGCCACUCAUCCAGGUUUAUGAAUGCAUUAGGGACAACUUGUGAGCUUAUUUGAGGAGUAUUGAAGGACAAGUCAAGCGCUGAUUCAAUGUGCUCAAGAACAAGUCAGCCUAAGGCAUUUGAUUCAUGUUUUGAAGUUGGCAGUGCAGGAGGCUUAUUCACAUUCCGGAGGUCAGAAGUGUUCAACAUUGCUUUUCGUUUGGUUCAGUUUGGCCUUCGUUUGACUCAGUUCUACAUACUAUUUAUAAUUAUUAACAUCUAUUACAAGGGCUGUAUGGCUGGGUUUUCUCAGUCUUCAUUUGCAGUAGGUGGCGAAUUGUAUGUAGGGAACAAUUUUGGGUAAGGAGUCCACCAAAAAUUCAAAGAAACUCAGGAAGAGAGGUGGCCAGAAUAGGGGGAAACUCCAGUAUCAAAAGCACGAAGAAGUUCCAUUAAUUCUAGAGGAUAUCAAUCAUUUUGAAGUUGCUUUUUGCCAGGAGAUUAUUGAGGAGAAAUCUGAUCAUCAACCGGGCCUAGCAAAGGUAGUGUUGAAGAAAGGAAAGGCGAAGGUCUUUCAGGAUGGAAGUCCCAUGGUAUACAGUGGAGCAGUAGAUAGAAUAGUUGGACGACCAUCCCCAAGGACAGGUGAUAUUGUGUUAGUUACUAAUGAAUCAGAGAAACCUUUUGCAUGGGGUAUUUACAAUUCGGUCUCCAUGUUUUGUGUCCGCCUGAUGCAGAUGGAAGAGGAUUCUAGUAGAGAUCCCUCAAGCAUACUUGACAUGGAAAAAUUACUUCAGUUGAGGAUGAACAAUGCACUAGACAUGCGCAGGCGUCUUGGACUUCCUCGAUCAGAUACAAAUGCAUAUCGUCUUGUGAACAGUGAAGGAGAUAGGUUGUCUGGGCUCAUUGUGGAUGUGUUUAGUAAUCAUGCUGUUAUUGCCUCAUCUGCGGCAUGGGUUGAAAAAUAUCGGUCUAUGAUAGAGCUACUUGUGAGGGAACUCCUUGAAAUUGAUGAUAUAAAAUGGAGACCCUCUAUUGAAAUAUUGAAGGAGGAAGGAUUAAAUAUAAAUCUUGAGUAUCAGAAGCCAAUCUCUGCAGAAAACAGAGUGAAGGUAACUGUGUUUCAGGUCAUGGAGAAUGGCAUCCAUUACAUUGUUUCAAUGGAAGGUCAAAAGACAGGGUUUUAUGCAGAUCAGCGUGAUAAUCGACUUUUGGUGGGUUCACUUUCGAAGGAUAGGACAGUUCUUGAUCUGUUCUGUUACAGUGGAGGUUUUGCACUCAAUGCUGCUUUUGGAGGUGCUGUUCAUGUUACUGGUAUUGAUUCUUCAUCACCUGCUUUGAAGCUUGCAGAGGAAAAUUACAAACUAAACAAUUUUGACUCUAGCAGAAUCUCUUUUUUGAAGGAAGAUGCAACUGAUUUUAUGAAAGUAGCACUUUCAGAUGGAAAAUCUUGGGAUUUGAUUAUCUUGGAUCCACCAAAAUUAGCACCAAGUCGCAAGGUUUUACAACGUGCAGCUAAUAAGUACCAUAAUUUAAAUGGUCUAGCAAUGCGUCUAACCAAAAAAGGUGGCUUGCUUAUGACUUGUUCUUGUUCAGCAGCAAUGACUCAAAGUGGAUCAUUUUUAAGUAUUUUGCAGAGAGCAGCUUCUUCUGUAGGUAGAAGAAUUACAGUGCUUCGGAAAGCUGGAGCUGCUGCAGAUCAUCCCAUUGAUCCAUCAUAUCCAGAAGGCGAAUAUCUUACUAAUGUUUUACUUAGAGUACUUUAAGCAGCUAACAUGUUCCUUUUCAUUUUCCAAAAUUGUUUUGUGUGAUAUCAUUCAAUCAUUGAUCCUGUUUCUUUGAAAAAUAUUGCUUGAUGCUUGGCAUCACAUCUUCUUUGAAAAGUUUACGAUGGUAAUAUAUUUUGAAUUCAAAUGGUGAGCCUCUUCAAAGGUCAGACAAAAUUCUAACUCUAACUCUGUUAGAAUGUUGGAAGCCAAAAUAUUGUACAUGCUGAGCUAGCUAGUCUUUUGAAAAUAAACUCAAAGUUUGAGGAUUUUGCAUUCUAUAAUAUUCUAUGUUUGGUAUUUUAGAUU